UUUUGGCGCCCCAAAUUCGAAUUUUGCACAUCAUCCCCUAUUCCCCUCCCUCCCUCUCUCUCUCCUCCACCCCGUCCAAAAUCCAGAAAUGUACAGCUGCAACUCAGAACAUUCACCAUCUACAAUUCCAGAAUCUUCUCAUCUUCCAUCAUCCUCUUCGCCAUCACCAUCAUGUAGUCAAGGUCAUCGUUCUUCUUUCAUCUUACAAACAGAAGAAGGAGGUUCAAUCUGCUUACUCUGCUUCACUAACCUGAUCUCAAACCCUAAUUCUCCCACAUUCCAUGUCUCCUACGCUCUCUCUCAGCUCUCUCAUGCCGUCUCUCAACCUUCCUUUCUCUCUCCUCUUCUUUCCUUCCAUGUUCACCUCAUUAUCUCUCCUCUCGUCAACUCUCUCUCCUCUUUCGAUGACGAACAAAUUGCUCGACAAGUUAUUGAGAUCGUCUCCGAUCUGUCUGGUGCUGGUGGUUCUUCGGUUUCUGGAGAUUUUGUUGCGAUGAUUUCUGCUGUUUUGUCCUCUGGUGAACUCGCUUGGAGUCGCCGGCAAGUUUACUCGCUACAUUGUCUUGGAGUUCUUUUGACACGCCAAAUGGAUACUUAUGCUUGUAUCAAAGAUAAAGCUGGCCUGAUCAACAACCUUGUGAUGGGUCUUCAGUUGCCCAGUGAAGAAAUCCGAGGGGAGAUCAUGUUUGUUUUAUACAGGAUAUGUAUCCUGCAGCAUUCCAGUAAAGAUCAGGAAGGUGCUGAUGUACUGCUUGAGUACUGCUCCGUGAUCUUGCAAUUAUCGUUAGAUGCACUUAUGAAGACUCAAAGAGAUGAUGUUCGCUUAAACUGUUUAGCCCUUCUGAAGGUGUUGAGUCAAAGAGGAUUCCUCUCAAAUGCCUUUUCAAGUGAAUUCAACAUGAUGGAUACCUGUGAAUCUGAUAACUAUACACAAUCCUCCAAUGGUGAAACUAAUGAUUCUUCUUUAAGUAGAUUGUUUGCUGAGGCUAUUAAGUCCCCAUUGCUCUCUCCAGAUGGUCAAGUUCAAAUUUCUACACUAGACCUCAUAGUACAUUGUUUAUCAUGCGGAGACUGUUCACUCAAACAAAUUCAAGUUUUGGUGGAAGAAAAUCUUGCGGACUAUAUAUUUGAAAUACUGAGGCUAUCAGAGUACAAGGAUAAAAUUGUAAGCUCUUGCAUUCAAGUUCUCGAUCUCUUAUCAACAGCUGAACACACCUUCAGGCAGAGGCUUUCCCUUGGCUUCUCUACUUUGGUCUCCGUUCUGCCUCACGUAGCUGAAAUACCUUUUCAUCCUGUUCAAUCCCAGAUGUUAAAGCUCAUAUUGGUUGGCAUCUCAAGUUCCCCUGGAGUAGUAUCUACCAAACUUGUUGAAGCAAUAAGUGGUUCCUUGACGCUAAUGCUAAAGAGAUACAAUGCUGGAGAUAUGGGUAUGCUUCCUGAAACAUUCAUUACCAUAUGUUCCAUGUUUAUUUCUCUUCUGAAAUCUCCUUCUGCUAGUGGAGCUACAAAUCUGAUGCCUACACUCCUAGAAGCAUCAAGACAUGCAAUAUUGUCCUCAUUGAGCACAAAUGACCUAAACAGCUACCAACUUCUGCAUUCUUUAUCUCUUUUAAAAGAGGCAUAUUCAUUCAGUCUUGAAAUCAGCUCCACAAGUAACAACAGUACAGAGAUGCAACUGAGGAAUUCAGUUAUAGAAGUAUGUCAAAACCAUAUAGUACCUUGGUUUAUAACAGAAAUCAAUGGAUUGGAAGAGGAGAGUGUUUUGGGGAUUUUGGAGACCUUGGACUUUGUACUGUUACAAGCUCAUGAUAAUCAGGCCUUGCAACACACUCAUGAUCUAAUUUCACUCUCGUGGUUCAGCUUGUCUUUCAGAUGUUUAGGUCUGUACCCAACAGAGAAGAUGAAAUUGAGAGUGUACCUGAUGUUGAGUACAGUUGUGGAUAAUAUUCUUGGAGAUGAAUCUGGCCAAUCCAUCAGAGCAGUUGCAUCUGCUUUGCCAAUAGAUCCUGUUGAUCUUCUGUUUCUUCUUGGGCAGAAAUACAACAUAGAACUAUCGUCUUGCCAGACUGCUGUAUUGCAAAUACUGUAUAUCAGCUCUUUAUACGAUGAAAUGCUUGCUGACAAGAAGCUAGUUUUGACUUCUCUGGAGCAGUAUAUGCUUGCCAACAGCAGCCACUUACUUUCUGGAGCUGCUGAAUCAACUGUUGUUGUCCAUUUGUUGAAUCUUUAUGCUCUGUGUAGAUGCUUUUCCAAGACAAACUACCAGAUCUGUUACAGUUCGGAUGCAGAAGUUAUUUUCUUCCAUCUCUUGGAGGAACGAGAACGAGACUGGGACUUAUCGUCCUUCGACAUUCAUCCGUCCACGCUAGAAUGGUUGUUUCAACAGGAGAAACUCAGCAAAUCCUUGUCUUGCCAGAUCCUCAAACUCUCUCGAAAUAGUUUCUCAAAUGGGACCCUAGUAAAUUGCAGGAUACGUAAUUUCCACGAUAUUGCACGUUUAGCUUCUGUUGAAGACAACCUUUUACCAAAACUGUUGGUCCUUUUACUGAAACAGCUUGUUGGAAAAGAUUUGCUGCUAGAGGAUGUAAUAUCAUUUAUUCAUUUCAUAUCGUCAAUUAUCAACAUCUUUCCUCAUGCUUCAGAUCAGCUCUGCAUGCAUGGGAUGGACAUAGCAGCUCAGAAUCUCUGUUCAAAUUUGUUAUGCACUUCCUCGCUGGAGAGCUACAUGAUCGUUUCACGUUUUAUAUUCAUCAUUCUAUGUUCUGUGCAGUCUCAAACACUCUACGAUGAUAAAGCUUGGCUUGUAGUUGUGAUGAAGCUAUUGGAUUCCUUUACUUCUACCAUGAUGACUAACGGAUGGACAGAAGAGCAUCUCUUAGUACUUGGUGUCCUUUCAAUGGUUUUGCAUCAUUCCACUCAGGGGGCACUUGUAGAAACUGCAAAGUUCAUACUUCUGGAUUCUUCUUUAGCCUCCCUAAUGCGAGCCACAGUUAAAGGAUUCUUUGCAAAUGGAUCUGCUUCAAUUGAACACGAAGAGGAAUCAGACACUGAGCAUGCCUUAGUUUUUCUACUGUUAUUUAUCCACUUCUACCUAAGAAGUUUGCAAGUUGUUCUACCAGGAAGCAUGGGUUGGCAGAAUUUCUUCAAUUUACCAGAAGGGACAUGUACACUUCCUACAGUUGGAAUUUUUUGCCAGGAUAUAUGCAGAUUCCUGCAUUUUGGAUCACCCCUGGUUAAAUUGGUUGCCUCAUAUUGCCUGAUCGAGUUGUUGAGUGGAAUCACAGAUCAACAGAAUGGAGUAAAAUGCAGCAUGGGGUAUUUAAGGUCCAUAGUUGCGGUACUAGAAGGCCUGGUUUUCCAUUGUGAUCUGCGUAUUGCCAUGAACUCUAGCCUUUCUUUAUCAAUGAUAUUCAGCUGGGAAAUACCUAGUGUGUGCCAUACAAGUUUAGCUAGAAACCACAGCUGGUGCAAGAUGGUUGUGGAAGAGCUAGCAAGAUCUUUGGCCGCUCCAUCUUCAGUGUCUACAUCAUUCAUGAAUCAUCACAGGCCUGCAGUGCACAUUGCUACAGCACUUUUAAGAUCAAAAACUGCUCCUUUAUGGAUGAAUUCUGUGUUCGAUAAAGCCUGUGUAUCUGGCUUAAUUGAAAACCUCUCUCCUAAUAACGUAAGUGUUGAGGUGGUUCUCUUAUUUCAACAGCUGCUGCUGUCCGCUUAUCUGACGCCUGAUCAAAUUGCUAAACUGAAUCAUGAGUUUCAGGCAUGCAGAAGAUGUAUAUGCAUGGAAAAUAAUGAAGAUAAUUCCACGGGUGAGCAAGGAAGGAAGGUCGUCACUAUGUCAAGCAACUUGGGAGAAGUUUGUGAGCUUCUACUUCAAUUAAUGUCGUCUGAAUCACAUCUGGAUAUUAAUUCUGUUGGAAAUCAAUCCAGAGCUAAUAGAUUAAUGGAAGAAACAGACUUGUUUUCCAGGCUUGCAGAAAAUGGGAGGUUUGAGAUUACUGGCUGAAAUUGGACUUUAGAAGUUACUCCUGUAUAUCUGUUGAUGCUGUUUGAGCACUAUAAAGGCCAGGGUCAAUCUGGAAAAGAACUUUUAUAUGUAUAUAUUUGUGCGCACGCACACGUUUAAGGGAUUCAGGCCCCGUAAAAAGAAAUUAAGAUUAGAUUAUUGAAGACGUAUGUUCA